AUGUCCGAAGAAGUCAUGAUGGUUAAGAGGAAAGGAAGUCGUCCUGCCUUCAAGAUGGGCCCAGCGGAGCAGUUGGCCUUUCCAUCAUUCUCGUCUUAUUUGCAGUCAAACGAUGUCCAGACGCCAGACUGGCAGCUAGCCGGCUUGCUGAAUCUAAUCGGAGAGGAUACAAACAGCACCACUUUUCACUACUCAUUAGGCAGCCGAUACGAGAUGGCACUUUGCGAUAUUGAAUUUCCCUCCUACUAUUCCCCACUAUCGCCAUCACAAGACGUGUCGCACUGGAUGUUGGCUCGAUCCCUAUCGUUGGGACGCGGUGAUGCGAUUUUGUACGCCAGUCGUGCAUUGUCAACAUCAAAGCCGACAGGCAAAAGGGUCAAGACGUUUGAGAUCUACCGCUGGAAUCCUGAUACCCCUGGAACCAAGCCCCACUUGCAGAAGUAUGAUGUUGACUUGGAUGAGUGUGGUUCAAUGGUUUUGGAUGCCCUCAUCAAGAUUAAAGACGAACAAGACGCCACUCUAACCUUUAGAAGAAGUUGCCGUGAA